AGAAGACAAACAUCAUAAUCAGACACAAAAAAAAAAGAAAGGCGUAAUACAUACACAACAAAUAUUGAAAAUUGUGUGAUUUGCAGUAGCCAAAUAUAAUUAGUUCUAUUAUAGUACAUAUGAAGGGUCUCAUUCGUGGCGAAAAAUUGUGAUUUUCAUUUUCUUUCGAAGUGCUGAAGUUUUGGAACACCCCAUACAGCCCGAACGUACUAGACUUGCUUGGCCACACACAGAAGAAAGAAGAACAAAAGAAAUCAAGGACACCUGACUGCAAUCCGUCUCGACGACGUACCCAUCUUCUCGCUUUUCGACGCGAACACGCCGUUGCUUUGCUUCAAAUCGAAUAGGAUAUGGCUGUUAAGCAAAACAAUAGCGAAGGGAAUGGUUCUUCGGAUGCAAAUCAAGUCAAUGGUACCAAUGUAAAAUCAACGGGGACCAAAUCGAAAAAAAUGAAUGCUGCUGGGGCAAGCACCGACGGUGGUGUGAGUGCUUCUAACGGCCUAGGGGUAACAAGCAACGCUGAACUGCCGGGAUGCAGUGGCAACACAGGAGCUUUUGCCAAAUCGAAAACUAUAACAUCAUCCCUAUCACCCGCUGUUGGUGGAUUAGCAUCUACAGCGCCUAUGGUACAUCAACAGCCCAAUGAUAUUGCCCAGAUUUUAUUUUUAAUCGAUUUUGUGGAAAACAAGCCUGACUUUAGCAAUCAUAUGUCCGAAAUCUAUCGUAUUUUCAUUUACAAAUUGGCAAGAGUUCCUCAACCACGUCACGCCGAAGAGAUGAAACGCUUCAAACAGGAUAUAGCAAAAGUUGGAGUUUUCUUUACGAAGAAUAGCGAUAAACUGGUAUAUUUUCGCACCUACUUGCCCAUUGUGUGCAAAUUAAUUACAGAGUAUGCCGAGCCGCCGUCUUGUGCAUUAUCGGUAAUUUUUCAACUUUUUAGCGAGGAUAUGGUACGCGAGGCAGUGGCAGGAUUACUGAGCGAUGAUGUGGCCGACCAGAGCAUAUGCAAAGCUGUGGCUUUGUUGUGUGAAUGGCUGCGUAUUUGCACCUUUCGUCAUAAUCUCAAUGUCUGGAUCAUGGAAAUCUUAAAUGGCUUGCAGAGCCAACAGAAAACGGCACUCGUCGAUCAGAUUGCCUUGGAGAAUAUUGAGCAAUUAUUUGCCUCGCUUAUGAUACCAGUGGUGAGGCCAAAGGUGACCCCCAUAGUGUUUCAUAUGCUGUCCUCAUCAAUUGAACGAACGCCAGAUGUUUUCCAAAGGAUUUUCAAUCGCUUUUCUCGAGUUAUUCAAAUCCUAAAGCAACAAUCGAAUAGCAGCGAAGAGUAUGCUGAAAGCACUAAAGUCAUGUUAAUCAAAUUGGCCGACAUGACAAGAGCAUUUAUGGUACGAUACUACCGAUAUGAUGGUCUCUAUGAACCAAUAGAGCAGGCCCUAAAGGAUAUUCCACCGUCUGCCAAUUACCUAAGCUAUGCCAUGGGCAAUAAAUCUUUCGAUGUAACAGGAGAUUCCUCAUUUGCGAAUCAAGGCAUCACAAAUGCAAAAGUAGGUCUAGUUAAUUUGGGAAAUACCUGCUAUAUGAAUAGUGUUUUACAGGCUCUAGCCAUGACAAAAGAGUUUGCACGAGAAAUUCUUUUGUCCGAAUCAAAAUCACCGUUAUUGGUAAAAAUGCAACAGCAAAUAGCCCUGAUGCUCUAUUCGACACGGCAAGAGUUGACGCCAUCAAAAGUCUUAAAUGCCACAAGGCCACCAGGCUUUUCACCAGGCCUACAACAAGACAGUUCUGAGUUUUUGGGUUAUCUUUUGGAGACACUACAUGAACAAGAAGUGGCUUUUCGCAAGAAAUCCUACAAAAAGACCGACACUGAAAAACAAGUCAGUCAUGUAACAGACUCAAGGGGGGCAUCGGCCUUGUGCCAAGGUGAUGAGGAUGAAGAUGAUGGCAUCGAGGAUGAUAUAGAGCUUAAGGAUGCUGAAGACACACAAUGCAGUGACAUAUCCAUCAACAAUGCCAAUACGAAUGCCACCACCACAAGCACAAAUCCUAUUGCAAUGGGCAAUAAUUUAAUACAUUCAACUUCGCAAAAUCUAUCCUCAACACAUGCGGCUACCACCAAAUCGCAACAUCAACAUCCCACACCAAUAACAACAACCUAUUCGACAAUCGAGAAAACAUUCACCGGCAAAUUGGCCACAACUUACAAGUGUUUGACAUGUGGUUGGAAAAGUUGUAACAUCGACAGUUUUCGUGAUUUGCAACUAUCAUUUCCCGAUGUCAAAAAUGACUGUGCUUCCAAUUAUUCAGUACAAGAUCUUAUCGAAUACUAUUGUUCAUCGGAAAAGCUCUAUGGGGAUAAUCAAUAUUUUUGUGAACGCUGUAAGAAACUUUCUGAUGCAGAACGUUAUAUCAAUGUCAUCAGUGCACCAAAGAAUCUAAUAUUGACGCUUAAACAUUUCAAAUAUGAUCAGAAAUAUCAUAUGCGCGCCAAAUUAAUGCACAAAGUAUUUCAUGAUGAAAAGGUCUCCCUCAAGGUUUGCUCCCCAGAGACGCUCGAUGAAAUCGCCACAGUUCACUACGAUAUCUAUGCUGGGGUAGUUCAUUCCGGCUUUAGCAUGGACUCUGGACACUAUUAUACAUAUGCUUCUGAUGCUUCAAACAAAUGGUACAAAUUCAACGACAGCAUUGUAACGCCAUCCCGUACAGAAGAAUUGCAUAAUUUAACACCACCAAAUACACCAUAUAUUCUCUUCUAUCAAAUGGGAGCCAGGUCCAAUGAAACACCCGAAACAUCAGCAUCGACCAAAGUAAUUAAAGUUGAUGUACCUUCGCCAUUGACAUUGGAGGAGUUGCCAAGCGACCUAAGGGAUAUGGUGACCCAUGAUAAUGUUGCUUUCUCCGAAGAGCUUAAGAUGAGACGUUUCAAAAAUAGUACAGCCUUAAAUGCCACAUCGUCAACAGUGAAGACCAAGGGGUCCCGACGAGAUAGUUUUGACGAUGAUGAGGAUGAACAUCAACCGCCGCCGGCCAGUGGUUGUGGUGGUAAUAAUAUGUUUAACAGCAUCAAUCGGUUUGUGUAUUGAAGCAUAUAAGACAACAACCACAACUAAACAAAAAAAAAAACAACGGAAGCAACGAUUCCUUAUUACAACACAGUCCUUUAACUAUUUUUGUUGCCUUUUGAUAAUGUGCAUAGAACGCCAUCUCUCACUCUAUCUGAAACUCUCAUAUUGCAUUGAAUGUAAUUACAUGUUAUAUUCUCAUAAAAGAAAGUACGACGUGCUGAGGAUUUGUACUUUGGAAAAGCAAAAGCAAAAACAAAUACACAAGUCCAUGUUCCUCCCAGGUUCCAUAUAUAAGAGUCAUCACGCUUCAGGCAUGGUGAAAAGUAGAACUUUUCUAAGAGUGCAUUGCUCAAGUUCUCUUUCUGUUGAGCGAAGCUAAGGUCGCAUUUCUAAACAGAAAGUUAUUUGUUUGUUGUUGCUGUGACACAACUUCAAACGUCCACGAUUAAGGAAACAAGCAUAGAAAGGGGAGACAAAUUGAUUAUACACGCUAAGUUAGUUAUUAUAUAUAGAAAUGGAAAAAAAAAGAAAAACCAACAAUUAUAUAAUGCCUUUUUGUACAAUAUUGUUUAAUUUAAUUUAAUUUUUA